AAAAACACUUUCACAUUAUUAUUUAUCAUUAUUAAUGUUUAAAGAAAGAGAAAGAAAAGAGUUCAGUGAUAUCCGGUCGAGCAGGGGUCAGACUUUCACACUUCCGGUGACCCGGACCGGACCCGGGUUGUUUCCCUUCCGGUGGCCGAAGGACGGAGCUCCGUCCCGGAAUGUCUCUCGGUGGAGGCUCGGCGCGCUGCAGGCUCCGGGUCCUGACUGAGUCGGUGUCGGAGCAGCUGAGGCGGGUCGCGGAGGAGUUGUUGCGGCUGCUGGAGAAGCGCAGCGGCGGGCCCGGGUCUCCGGGAGGCAGCCUCCUCCGCUCGCUGCGGCGGCUCCUCACCGAGCGGCUGGCGGCGGCCGCGGGCAGCAUCGCGGGGCUGUUGGAGCGGGAGGUGGAGGAGUACCGGCGGCAACUGGAGCGGCAGAGCCGGCUGCUGGAGGCAGUGCUGAGCCCGGUGGUCCGACUGGACCGCACAGACUGCAUCAGGUUGACGGUCACCAGUGAAAACCAGACCCCGGUGUCAAAGGUUGACCCUGGGCACCGCCCCGCAGCCCCGCUCAGCUCCGCCUCCUCUGACGUCUCUGCAUCUGAAAGCAACGUGAAGAGGAGGAGCUGCGACAACUCAUCCGCUGGUGAAGACACAAACAAGAUGGACGCCGGUGAAGGACGGCGGUUCAGCGCCAGGAGACAGUUUACAGCGUCGAUUCUUCACUGUGUCAUCUGUGAAAAAACUUUCCGCCACAAAGGGAAUCUGAUGAAACACGUGGAAACCCAUGCAGAAGACCCCGAGUGUCUCUGUGGAGUCUGUGGAGAACGUUUCGAGUCCUCACACGGUUUGUCAGAUCAUCUCAGAUCUCACAGAGAAACGGUCGGUGGCAUUGGGACGUGUCCGAUCUGUGGCAGAACUUUUCAAAACAUGGAGACGCACAUGAGGAGUCACACAGGACUGAAACCGUUUAGCUGUGACUUCUGCAGCAAGAGCUUCCCCCGACCUGGAGCGCUGAGGCGCCACAAGAAGAUCCACAGCCGGAGGACGUGUGACAUCUGCCCGUUCUGUGGACUCACCUUCACUCAGAACCACCUGCUGCAGGACCACCUGAAGACCCACGAAGCAGACGACGGAGACCCAGGUGAGGACAGUCAGGCCGAGACGCCAAAACCAGAGAGAGACAAACGACCAACCUCAGGACCGAAUUCGUCUCAGUCGCCUUCACUCUGCUGCAGAGUCUGCGGCGACUCCUUCCACAGCCGAGGGUUCCUGAGGAAACAUGCAGAGAUGCACUGCAGGGAAUCUCGGGGCGCCUGUGGCGUCUGCGGACAGCAGGUGGAGUCAACCGACAGUCUGCUGACUCACCUGCAGUCUCACAGAGAGACGAACGGAACCUGCCACAUCUGCGGAAAGAGUUUCCAGAACAUGGAGGCGCACAUGCGAAGGCACACAGGGAUAAAACCGUACGGCUGUGGCGUCUGCAACAAGAGCUUCCCUCGACCUGGAGCGCUGAGACGCCACAAGAAGAUUCACACCGGGGAGCGACCCCACACCUGCCGGCACUGCGGGAAGACCUUCGUUGAGAGCGGCACCUUAAAGACUCACAGCAGGAGUCACUUAUGGGAGAUCCUGGAGGACGAGGACCUGGAGCUUCCAGCAGACUCCAGGAACCAGGAGUGUGAGAUUACAGUCCAAGAGAGCAGCAAGACGCUGUCUCCGACGUCUCACUGCUGUAAAGUCUGCGCUGAAUCAUUCCAGAGUAAAGGCAGUUUGAGGAAACACGCAAAGAGUCAUUCAGCAGCGUCUGUCUGCGGCGUCUGUGGUGAAGCUUUGCCGCCAUCAGAGACCCUGAUGGACCAUCUGCAGACACACAGAGACGCAGGGAAAAUGUGUCACAUCUGCGGUAAAACCUACCAGAACAUCGAGACUCACAUGCGGAGCCACACUGGCGUCAAACCGUACCGCUGUGGGGUCUGCGCCAAAUCCUUCCCGCGGCCCGGCGCUCUGCGGCGCCACAGGAGGAUCCACAGUGGGGAGAGGCCAUACAUCUGCGAGUUCUGUGGCAAGACGUUCGUUGACAACGGCGCUCUGACGACGCACAUUCGGAGCCACACGGGGGACAAACCGGUGCACCGCGUGUCGUGCGAGACCUGCGGUAAGAGUCUGGCGUCCGUCCACGUCCUUGGGGUUCACAGGAGGAUCCACACCGGCGAGAGGCCAUUCCAGUGCCGCGUCUGUGGGAAAGCCUUCAGGCAGGUGGGAGGGCUGAACGCCCACACGCUGACCCACACUGGGGAAAAGCCCUUCAGCUGCAGCCUCUGCAACAAAAGCUUCAGCACCAAGGGAUACCUGGAGACUCACAUGCGCUUCCACAGGAAGGAGCGGGCAUUCGGCUGCCACCUGUGCUGGAAGUCCUUUGUCACCAAGAACGACCUGAAGAAGCACCUGUUGACCCACACGGGAGAAAAACCCUUCAGCUGCCGAGUCUGUGGGAAGAGCUACCAGGAGAAACGCUCCCGGGACGUCCACAUGAAGGUUCACGUGGACGCCCCAGGCGGCAACGAGCCAAUCAGGAGGGAGGACGGACAGCGGACGGAGUUCAUACAGCUGUAGAGUUCAGAACCCAACGUUCCACAAAAUAACUGCAUUUCUUUAUUUAUAAUAAAAUCAACAACAAAUAAUGAAUUA